AUGUCCGGACUUUGGGCUCAAGUCGUAACUCAAUACGACACCUUUACGGUCGAAGUGAUUGGAUCUCUUGCUAUCCAGAUCCUCUUUUGGUGGAUUCCCUGUGCCGGUUUUGUUUUCCUCGAUCAACUGGCGCCUUCUUUUGCUGCCAAACACAAGAUCCAACCUGCCCCAAAGCAGCCCACAUCUUCUGAUAUCUUUAAUGCGGUCGUUAUCUCUAUCAGAAACCAACUGAUUGUCAUUGGAUUGCAAGUCAUUCCUACCAUCCUCACAAACAGGCCUUCCCCGUUCAAGAUUACAGCAUCGUUACCAUCUGCAAAAGAUUUCAUUCUUGAUUUCACAGUCUGUCUGAUUGCACGAGAGAUUUUAUUCUACUACUCCCAUCGGCUGCUCCAUGUACCUUGCCUAUACCGCCGUAUCCACAAGAUUCAUCAUAAAUUCACCGCCCCCGUGUCGUUCGCCUCGCAGUAUGCUCAUCCUAUCGAGCAUAUUGUUGCCAACACGAUUCCCAUUGUUCUUCCGCCCAUGUUAUUGCAAACUCACAUCCUGACCAUGUGGGCGUUUGUUUCCUGGCAGCUCAUCGAGACGGCGACCGUCCAUAGUGGCUACGAUUUCUUUGGGGGUGCGGCAUAUCGUCAUGAUCGACAUCAUGAGAGGUUCAAUGUUCAUUUUGGAGGCAUGCCGUUGUUGGACUGGUUGCAUGGUACUGACGACAGUAUAACUCUGUCGAGGAAAACCAAUUGA